AUGCCAGAGUUUAUCAAUCUGCAGCUUGGCUGGCCAACACCGUCUCUGUUUCCAGCAGAGGAUGUGUUGGAAGGUGCCUCGAGGAUUCUUCAGUCACCCAAGAAGACGGCUUCGGCCCUCAUUUACGGUCCAGAUGCUGGCUACGUCCCACUCCGUGAGAACAUUGCCGCCUGGCUCACCGAGUCGUACAAGCCUUCUGGCGGUAUUAUCAAUGCUGAUCGAAUUUGCGUCUCUAAUGGUGCAUCGGCAAACCUGGGCAACAUUCUGUCUAAAUUUACAGAGCCAGGAUACACCAGAAGGAUAUGGAUGAUCGAACCCAGUUACUUCCUCGCCUGCCCCAUCUUCACCGAUUCAGGUUUCGCAGGUUGCCUGAGGGGGGUUCCCGAGGACGAGGAAGGUCUGGACAUCGAGUUCCUGCGCGCUUCGAUCAAACGUGUUGAAACAGAGCUAGAUCAUCCCACAGCUCCAAAGUUCAAGACCGGUGCUCGGUACAAAAAGAUCUACAAACAUAUCAUCUAUGCCGUCCCUACCUUUUCCAACCCCAGCGGCAAAACGAUGUCUCUACGCCGACGACAGGAUCUAGUACGUCUAGCUCGAGAAUUCGACUGUCUCGUAAUUACAGAUGACGUCUACGAUGUCUUGAGAUGGCCCAAGGACGCCAAGGAUCCCCUUUCAUCUUAUUUGGGUGCCAUUCCACCCCGUAUCGUCGACGUUGACCGUACCCUGGACGGAGGGCCGAGUCAACCUUGGGGUAAUGCCGUUAGCAAUGGGUCUUUCUCUAAAAUUAUAGCCCCCGGCAUACGUACCGGGUGGGCGGAGGCAACGCCAGCGUUCGCUCUAUCUCUUUCUGAGCUGGGAGCGACGAGAUCCGGUGGCUGUCCAACUCAGAUUGCUGGAACGUUUGUAGCCGAGAUGAUUGGCACUGGUCGUCUGCAGUCACACAUUUCGGAUGUUCUGAUACCCACAUACAGUGCACGUUACCAUACCAUGUUCCGUGCUAUAGAUGAGUACUUGAUCCCGUUGGGGUUCAAGGUGUCGAUUGGCAAGCUUUAUGAGGAGACUAAUGCGGUCGUCAACGGCCACGGGACUGCUGUUCCCGCAGCUGGAGGUUACUUUACGUAUCUGACAGUCCCUGCUGACUUACCUGUUGACACCGGUAAGCUCGCAGCGCUGGCAAUGGAGAAGUAUAAUCUCAAGUUUGCUUUCGGAGCUAUGAUGGCCGUGGAAGGCGAUGAAGGGAGUUUGCAACGAUCUGUCAGCGGAUACGGAAAUGGAAUACGACUGUGCUGGGCGUGGCACCCGGAGGAUGAGAUUCUUGAAGGCAUCCAGAGACUAGCAAGCCUUGUCAAGGAGAUUCAGCAGUGA